AUGGCUUCGAAUUUGUUAACACCGGUAAAAAUAAUGGAUAGAUACAUAGUGGAUUCGGACGACGACACAUCCGAAGACCAUAGAAAGAGGAACAGAGAAGAAGAGGAAGAAUUGUUCCGAAAAAGUAAGAAAGUGUCUAGAUCGCCUAACAAAACCCAUGACGAAGAUAAUAAGCUCCAUCAAAUUAUUAAAAUGAUGCAUGACUUAACCAAAGAAACAAAAAAUUUAACAACGGAAGUAAAAGAGAUAAUGAAUGUACAGAGAAAGUACUGGGAGGAAUUAAACGACCUGAAAACAGAAUUGGAGACAGUUAAACAAGAAAACCAAACUAAACACAAGGAGAAGGAAGAAAUGAAAAAAGAGCUAAACGAUAUGAAAUUACGUGUACAAAGACUAGAAAAGGAAAGCAAAGUAAAUAAUGUUGUAAUACAAGGCUUGCCAAUAGAUACAAUCGAUAAAAACGCACUGAAACAAGCUGUAGGAAACUUCAUGGAAAAAGAAAUGAAUAUCAAUGUUCAAAUCGAAGAAGCUAUCAAACUGGAAGAAAAAACAUGUUUGGUCAAACUACAGAACAAGUUUGAAAAAGAAAAGAUCAUGCAAAAUAAAGCUAAACUAAAACACAUAAAAGACUAUAAAGUGUAUAUAAAUAAUGACAUAACAAAAGAAGAACUACAAACACAGAAAAAAAAAUAA